AUGGUAAUGAUGAAGUAUGGUGAAAAGCCGCAUGAUAAUAGAAUAGAAGUUCAGGAUUUCGUUAAUCUCAGAAUGAACAAAAUUUCAGAUAUUAAGUUGAGAUUAAGGCAAGAAACGAUUGAGAAGUGCCAGAGAUAGUCAAUCAUGCUGGCUGGUGUUGAUCAAUGUGAGCAUAUGAAAUUUUUAGUUAAAUAAGCAAAUGCCAAGAAAGGUAUAGAACUAGGAGUAUUUACUGGCUACUCUGCGCUAUCUUUUGCUGAGGUGCUACCAGAAGAUGGACUUCUUAUUGCAAUUGAUGUCAGCGAAGAGUGGACUGAAAUCGCAAAAAAAUAUUGGAAAGAAGCAGGCGUAGAUCAUAAGAUUUAAUUAAGACUUGAAGGAGGUAGCAUAGUAUUGGAUGAGUUGCUAGCUGAUGAAAACAAUAAGAAUUCCUUUGACUUUGCUUUUAUUGACGCUGAUAAAAUCAACUAUCCUAAUUACUACGAUCGAGUUAUAUAAUUACUGAGACCAGGCGGUAUCUUGCUGAUUGACAACACAAUUUGGUUUGGGAAAAUUGUAAACGAAGAAUUGAGAACUAAGGAUGAAUAAACAUCACAAAUCUGGCGAAUUGUAGAGCUAGCCAUGAAUGAUGAAAGAGUAGAGACUCAUACCAUCUACCUUUCUGAUGGGCUUACCAUAGUCCAUAAGAAAUGA